AUACGUAUAUAAAAAAAUAAAAGUCGUCUUGGAGGAAGAGUGGGGUACAAGAAAGGAGGAGGGGAGGUGGAGGCAAAAGCAAAAAAAAGGGGGUGGGGUAAGAAGCCAGGGCACAUACGCAUCAAUUUGUACAGUUCAGAUUUUUCCACGCUGCUGCUGCUGCUACGAUUUCAGUCGCCUCGUUGGGUUUUUUUUUUGCAACGUGAGGCGGUGUGUUGAGAGAAAGCGAAACAAUGGAAGGAAAAAGGAGAGUAGAACUAGAAGACAUCGUUGGAUAUUAAAAGGCUCCAUGAUGACUUACGGGGAGACUGCACAGCCACAUUCCUGCAAAAAAAGAAAGCAAAGCCGGCGUUCUCAGUGGAGUGAGUAAACAACAGCAGAAACAGCAGAAGCAACCCAUUCGAGUCCAUACAAUGCCUGGUGUUUUGUAAAAUGGGCAUUAUAAGGAAGAAAUCAUGAAAACGCGGACGCACAAAGAAUCGAUGCCCAUGCGCAGUGGGCGGCGGCGGGGGGCGAGCGAGGAGAGGAGGGGUAGACGCCCACACCCCAGCCCCACUCGACCUGAACGUAAUGAUAGACAAACGCCAAGAGGUGGCGGUGAGGAACUGGCUGGGAAUCGCUUCAAUCGCAGAUCACAAGGGCAUGAUUCAUCCGAGAGCGAGGGGGAGGAACUUGUGUCUCCUGCAAAAAGGCAGAAAGUUCAGGAUCCAGCCGCCAACCAGAACCCUCCAACAUCAACACACUCCACUGACAACUUGGCUCCCGCCACAGUCCCGCCUCCAACCUCGGUGGCCAACCAAUCCCGUGAGAGUGACAAUGAAGACGGCCAAUCCCAGGGCAGCAGGAGUUCGGUUGUGGGCAGCCUGGCAAAUAGCAGCAGCAGCCUUAGCAGUGGGCGGGACAUUGACCAGGACAAUCGUUCCUCAUCCCCGAGUCUCUCCGCUUCUCCUCUGGGUAGCCUCGAUUCUGAUUCCGAGGGCCCUGACUCACCAAAGCAAGGAGAGAGGGAACGGGAGAAAAGCAAAGAUGGAAGCGCAGGAAACGUGUCUUCAGAGGACAGAAGGACAUUACGAGAGCGGAGAGGGGAGGAUCCCUGUGGAGAUGGACAAAAGAUGGACACGGAUGCACGAAUUGAAGACUGUGCUCUUAAGCCUAUCCAUCCUUGCCCCUCCUCGGGUCUCAAUCCCUCGCUCCGUGGAGCUGGGGAUUCUUCAAAUGACAGCUCUGGAGGGAGGAAGUCUUAUUUCUCCCUGGAGUCCAAACUCAUGUGUAAAGUUGAGUAUGGUGGACCUACUGGCACUGAUGCUGUGCCAAGUGGCAAUAGAAUGAAUUCCAAAGCCAACACACAAUGUGUGACAAAGACAUCUGCCGUGGGUGGAGAUUUUUCCCAUAACAGCCCCAGCAUUCCCCACUCCUUGCCCCCACCUCUUCCUCCUCCACCUGCUCUUAAACCACUGGAACUCGGGGGACAAAAUCUUCCUGCUGAGGUCAAAAUAGAAAGAGACAAAAUGGAUAAGGCGGAUAAGCACCUGGACAAGACCCAGUCCACUCCUCCGUCCUUGUUGCAAACUGGGUCUCAGCCACAAUCACAACCCCAGACUCAAACCACCACCCACCCUCAUCAUUACAGCUCCCCCAGCUGGCAGGGUGGCACAGCCACCAGUUGCCAGGGGAGUUGGGGCUACAACCGUUACCCUGGCAACCAUCACCCACACCAGCAUCAGCCCCCAGUGCAGCAGCAGCAACUCCCCUCUGUUUACAACCCUCCUUCCUCUCGACACUCCACCUCUCACCCUUCUUACCUCCCCCAUCCGCACCCUCACCCCCACAGGGAGUACAUUCCCAGGUAUGCUGGAGGGGGAGGGGAUAGAGACAGAGGGUCUGUGGGAGACAGGGAGAGGGGAGCACGGGGUGAGCUCAACAGGGAGUUCUCUGCUCCCAUUGGUAACAACAGCAACACUAAUAGUGGGGCGAAUGGUAGUGGUGGGAUGGCUGGUAUCCAAGGCAGGGAGUUUGCAGGUUUGUCUGUAGGUCAAAACAGGGAGUUCCAAGGCUCUGGAAGAGAUGGAUCUUCUAAUAUAGGAGCUGAAAGAAGAGACUUUGUUCCAGCUUUCAGAGACAGAGAGCAAGAAAGAGAACGGGAUCUAGGAAGAGAGUUUCCCAUGCCAAACCAAAACCAGAGUAGAGACUUUGGUCCUAACGGAGCUGGAGGGGGGCAUACCAGAGACAAAGACAGAGGCAGAUGGGGUGAGGUUGGAGGCCAAACAAGAGAAGGAAACUGUAACCCAAACAACUCCAUCUCACAAGGAAACCACCCCAGUUCAACUAGCGGACUACCUGUUAACCCCAUGCUGAGUCGAGAUCCACCAGCAUCACCGCAAAACAACAGUAGCCACCCACCUCAUUCUUCCCUGCCCCCACACUCACAUCCCACAAACUCCUCCAAUCGUGACUUUCCACCUCCCAUAGACCAGGCACAAACCCCUUCCUCUGGACCUGACAGCUUUCACAGAGAGUAUCCUCCCGCCGGUGGGAAGGAUUUCAGUGCUGGCGCACCCUCCUCCACUGGAACCAAUCGAGAUUAUCUCAGCCCACCUGGCGUUACCUCUAAUCUAGGAAGAGAGUUUUCAGGGUCUGGUGGAAUGCAAAAUCCUUCUCACCCCCACUACCAGCCUGGACCUAGAGACAGAGAGAGGGACUCAAACCUGCGAGAGUCUGCUCUGUACCAAAACCGUGGGGGUCCAAAUCAACCUCCUGCCCUGUCUCCAUCCUCUGCUACCAGUCAUGGACACCCUCCAAAUGCUCCAUAUCCUCCAACUCAAACUUCCCAUACUCAGCAACCCCCACCAGGUAUGGCACCUAAUAUACGUGCUCCACUCUACCAGUCAACUGCUCAGACUCCUCCAACACAUCUAUCCCCACUACCCAGCCCCUCCACUAAUCAGAUGGGAGGUUUCUCGUCGUUCCCCCCUGGAUCCACCUCUGCUCCUAACAUGCCCCUUCCUGGACCAGGCAUGCCAUCACCUGGAUGCCGUCCCUCCCCUUUACAUAGCACCUUGAACAGCCACCCUAACUUCAGUGGAACAUACCACUCUAAUGGGAGCGGCAGCAAUAAUCUGGCUAACAGCAAUAGCAACGGUGGUACACCCACUAACAGCAAUACAAACUCCCAAUCACCUCAGAAUGUCUCUAAGGGCCCUCCACCUCUUACUAACAACAACAUUACUACACCAACACUUCCUGGUGGAGAUGUCCUUUCAGAUUCCGGCCUGCCCCAACCGCCUGUAAUUAAGGAAGAACCACCAGAGGACAGGGACGAGAGUGACAGUCCACCACCUGUGUUGAGAAGCCCAUCUCCUGAACCUAAGCCUGUAGACAUUCCCAUUCAUGCUAGCCAAUCAGCAAGGUUUCACAAAGUCCUUGACCGAGGCAGCAGCAACUCCUGUGCCCGCAGCGAUGUCCUCUUUGUUCCGUUGGACGGUUCCAAAUUAUGGAAGAAGAGGAAUGAGGUGAUAGAAAGAGCUCGGAGGGAGGUUGAGCAACGAGCCAGAGAUCUAAGAGAAAAAGAAAGAGAGCGCGAAAGGGAGCGUGAGAGGGAACUGGAUCGCCAUCUACAGCAGCAAAAAGAUGCUAGUGCAGCUGCAGGGGCUCGUCAUGGUUCUUCCCUCUUCUUCCCUACCUCAUCCUCUAUGAUCCUCGAUCCUUCAUCGUCUUCCUCCUGUCCGGGAAACCCGGCCGCUCACCCUCCACCUCACACUCAGCAUCAUCCCUCACACCCGCAUGCUCACCUUCCUCCAGCGCACCACCUCCAUCCCAGUCUUUCUCACGCUAUCCCUCACUCUCUUCUCCUGCCGUCCAUGGCUGGGGCAUCAGCAGUAGUUGGGGGCCCUCAGGGUGCUUUGGGAAUAGGUAUCGGUGGUCCAUAUCUUGGUCCUGAUACCCCAGCUCUAAGAACCCUGAGUGAGUAUGCCCGUCCCCAUGCUAUGUCCCCACUGGGGCCCGCAAGUCGGGCUCAAGCACACCACCCUCAAGUUCAUCAUGGUCACCCUCAUGUCCAUCCCUCGUUCUUUUUACCCCAAUUCCAGAAUCAUCAUGCAUUAGCCCAUCCACAUCACCUACCUGCUGAUGCUGCAACAGCUGCAGCAAUCUUGGGCUUUCUAUAUGGUGGCAGCCUUGAAGGGGGCCACGGUGUUGGAGGUCACCCUGGGGUCGCGGGAGGCCCGGUACCCGGAGGAAUUGGGGGUUCAGGGUUAGGAGGAGUUGGCUUUCCUCAUGCAGUUGCUGCUCACCGUGAGCGUAUGAAGCCAGGAUUUGAAUUUAAGAGUGAUGAACGGGUCUACCCACCAAGCUCCAUUCCUGAUCCUGCAGCCCUAGCCCUGGCUCACUCUCAUUCCCAUGCUAGUGCUCAUGCACAUGCCCACUCCUUGCUCCUUGGGGGAGGUGGAGGGGGACCGAAUGAGGUGUCACUCUAUUGCACUCCUCCUCCCCCACCUCCUGCAGGUCCCCCACAUCUCCAGAACCCAACUCUGCCUCCAGUAGCUCGACCUCCAAACCCUCCUGCGCCGCAGUCCCUGUCCAAUCCACCUCCUUCAUCGCUCCUACCUUCAUCGCACGCUUCAUCUGUCCCACCACCCGCUGCCCCGCCUCCCACAGGCCCGGCUGCACCUCCGGCUGCUCCUCCUCCUCCUGCUCCACCAACCUCCAACGCCACUUCAGUUCAGCACCCAGUCCCCCAUUCUUCAUUCCCCAGUUCUCUGCCCUCUCAUUUACCACCAACCACUUCCUCUGAGACCUACCCGACUCCCACUCGCUCACCCGCCUCUUUUGAGCGAGACAGGAGUGGAGACAGAGAGCGGGAGAGGGAACGAGACAGAACGGCACCACCAGCCUUUGGAGACAGGGAACGAGAGAGGGAGAGGGAACGAGAAAGGGGAGGAAGCGCAGGAGGAGGAGGAGGAGGCAGCAACGCAAAUGGAGGAGGAACAGGUGGAGGAAGUGGAGGAGAAAACAUGGGUCGUGUCCAGAUGCUAAACGUCACGCCCCACCAUCACCAGCACUCCCACAUCCAUUCGCACCUUCAUUUGCACCAACAAGACACAGCGGCGGGCGGGGUUCACCCCCUGAUGGACCCGCUGGCGUCGGGGUCUCCUUUGGCACGCCUGCCUUACCCCGGAGCAACACUAGGCACACCCAUCCUGGCUCACCCCCUCACUGACAGCGAGGUGCUUCGCCAACAGCUGUUUGGUGAGGAGAAGACUCCACGUCCAUGUGCUCCUUUCCGUGACCUGCCCCAACCGUCCUCCCUUACUGGUCCCAUGUCGGCAGCCCACCAGCUUCAGGCCAUGCAGCAGGCCCAGAGCGCGGAGCUGCAGAUCCAGAGACUGGCCCUGGAACAACAGUGGAUACAUCACCAUCACCACCACUCCCUCACCCAGGACGAGUACUAUAGUCACCUGAAGAAAGAAAGCGACAAGACCCUGUGAGGGAGCGCCACAAGAAAGGGAAAGAAACAUGGGAAAAUGUGUGCAAACUUUAAAUAGACAAGAAAAUAAAAGCACUAUUACUACAAACUAUGAAAAGACAAAGACUGGAUGGGGAGUUUACACGCCGUCCCUGUGAACUGCACCAAGUUGAAGUUCCAGACUCUUUUUUUUUUUUUUUGUCCUGCAUUGUGUUCUUGAACUUCAGUCCUGUUUUUUGUAUUGUGCCCUGUACAGUAUAUGAAUUAGAAGGGACGGGUUCGGCAAAGUGUGAAGUACAGUAUGUGUAAAAUACUUGACGCCAGACAGAAUGAGUCUUUUUAAUGUCAUUGCAUGUAGCUAGAGGAGCUUACCAGUGGAACUUUUUGGUUCUUCAUUUUAGUAAUUAUGCCCUCAUUUGUACCUGAGGAAUCUAUAUGCAUGAGACCAGCCUUUUAGUGAUCUGUUUACAGCAGUAUUAUUGUUAUUAUUAUUAUUAAUGUGGUCUGUCUAUAAUAAUUCUAUAUAUAUAUAAGUACAUAUUAUUUGUAUUAUUUUUUUACAUUUUCAUGGUAUGACUCACUUUUCAUUUGAAAUUGACCUUGUGAAACAAGAUGACAGCAAAAAAAACAACAUGGAAAUAAAUUAUGUUUUUUUUGCUAUGUUUUUACCUGCAG